GUAUGGGAAACGUGAGGAAUGUGAGUGCACAUUUCUGAAUCUAAAUGGAAAUUUGAAAGGAUGUUAUAAAAAUUUCUUGUCAUGGAUCGAAAACAAAGCAGUCUUUGUUUUAAAGCUUUAGAAUUAAUUGAAGUGACGACUCGAUUAUGGGGCAUUCUUAGCAUGAUUGUUAUGUGGGGUGUUGGCACAGAUAUGACAAUACAUAAACAUGGUUUAGGUGUAUAUACUUUAUUUAUUGCUGUAGUUUUAACAAUUCUUGAAACAUCAUUUGCUGUUAAUAUUUACUUGGAUUUUAUCAUCAAGGAUGAUAAAAAUUUAUGCUUUCAGUGCUGGCAGCAUAUUCAGUGGUUUGAUUUAUGGAAGAAGACAAUUUUAUAUUUUUUCUUGUCUAUUUUUUGCUUUAUAAAGCCUUAUGAAAUGUGGCUAGCUACAGUUGGAGGAAGCAUGUUAAUUGUAUUAGCCUUAUUAUAUCUCAUCUUUACUUAUAAAGUGCAUCUAACAGAACAGGAAGCUUUACUGUAUGAUAAAGAAUGUUCGUAUGAUAGAUUUGAAGAUCUUCAAGAUGAAAUCGAUGACAGCCUUCCUGAACCUAACUGUAAUAACGUUGGUGAUCAGGACACAAUACUUCGUGUGUGAUUAAUUUUUGCCUUCAGAAGUAUAAAAGUAAAUAAUGCAAUAAGCAUUUUAUGCUUUUCCAUGUGUGGUGAAAUAAUGAAAUGCUAUCUGUGCUUGCCUUUUGAUGCCUUCCAUUUUUGAAAGCCCAUUCUAUUGGACUUUUUUUUUUUUUUAAUUUGUGCAAAGCAUGGACUAUAUGUCAGUCUGAAACUUCAUCGAAAAAUCUCAAUUUUAUGUAAAUGAGACAUUUUCCUUCUUGCUGUAUAAUAUUGAAUUCUUUUUUUAGUCUUACUCAAAAUGCUUUAUUUUCUGUAUUUUUUCCCAGAUAUUUCGAGUUACUUUUUAUUUUUUAAAUGUAUGAGUGUGCAUUUAAAAUGCAUUUUUUAUUUGCUAUAUUAAUUUUUAAUGGUUAUAUCCAAUUAAUGUUGUUGUGAUUAAACAGUCAUUGAAAUUACAGAAAUUUGCUCAAAUGAGAGUUUGAGUUUAAGAUUUUAUUUUGUGUAUUUCAUUUCAUUCUGUGAUUUAGUUAAGAAGUAAUAAUUGAAUGAAAAAAUAAGAAAAACUGAUAACAUUGCUCUUGAUAACACUAAAAGAUCAGUCUCGUUUAUUAACAACUAUCAAGCAAAAUUCCGCUGUCAAACAAUUUAACUUUCUAUCAUAUUAUGAGAUAUAAGUAUAGAUAACACAUUGAAAAUGAUCAUCAAUUAACAGAAACGCAUUUUCAAAGUGUUAAUUUUUUUUUUUUUUUCAAAUGCAUAAAAUUUUAUCUCAGUAGAAUUAUUUUUCAGUGUCUAGGUUUGGUAUUUUUAUCAAAUUCUUUUGUUGGAAAUAUUCACCAUUUUUUGCCUUUUUUAAUAAUUAGACCUACUUUGCAAUAUUAUACCUUAUGUUAAUAUUAAUAUUCCCCUUAAUACAGAUCCUCUUAAUUUUAUCUGUUAAAGUAAAAUCUGAAUUACUUCAAAAUUCCCUAGAAAUGUAAUUAACUGUGGAAAUUAAGAGCUUCCUAAUUGAAUUGACAGGGUGUGCCUUUGUUUUAAAAUGUUGUUUAUAUUUGUGUCACUGAUAGUUGUGAUUUUUGUAAAUAUUAGUUUUAACUGCCAUUUCUGUAGCAAUUAGAACUUAUUAAUAUUGCUCUGUUCUAAAAUUUAAAAGGAAUAGUAUAGAGCAGCAGUUUUGGAUGUAGUUGUUUUGAUACUCAGCGCUUGGUGUGCAUCCAUAAAUGCAGAUUUUCAUCUCACCAGUUAAUGAAACUUUAUUCAUUAUAAUUCUUGGAAAUGCAGCUAGGGGCAUGAAGGAUUAAAAAUAAUUUCUGUGAUUAUUAUUAUAAGUUUUGUUUUAGAGCACUGUUAGAAGAAUUCCUAUUUGUUUGCCAAAAAUAUUUUUAUUGGUGUUUUGAAAUAGUUAAUGUUUUUACUUCAUUGUGGUAUAGAAGGAAAGUAUAGGAUAUCCCUGUCCCCCGAGAAAUUUGCUCAAAAAAUAGGAAAAAACGUAGCAUAAAUUUGCUUUUUCAAAUACAGAAGGAUUACAGAUUUUUAGUCUUCCUACUUCUUUUCUUCCUUUCUAUUCUGUUUGACGUGUUAUCUUCUUUUUUAUUCUCUUAUUAACUUGGGAAAUACGAUGAUUUGCAAGGGAUACUGUACUACGUAUUUGUAGUAGUCUGCAAAAAUAAAAACUUUGUUGCAGCUUGCUUGUGUGCUUGUCAAUAAGAGAAGUGCACUAAAGAUGAGAUUUGCAAUUGGUUUUAGAAUAUCAACAUUUAAUUAGCGAGCUGACAUAGUAAAUUAUCCCAAUAGUCUACAUACAGUCUUAGGUGAAUGACUACAGCUAUGGAAAAAAAAUCGUACACCAAUUUUAUGUACUAAAUUUUAUUUCUGGUAAAUGUAAAAGUGAAGUGUAAUUUUAAAUUAUAUUGUAUUUAAAAAUGUUUAAUAUAUGUAAAUAUAUGUUUAAUAUAAUUUAGGGAUUUUUCUUUAAGAAUAAUCUAGUAUUGUAGCUUAUGAAGCUCUUUUAUGAUAGUAUUUUGAAACUACCAUAAAUUUAAUAUUAUAAAAUUGUAUCAAAAAGUUCUCUGACAAUCUAAAUACUUUUUCUGAUGUAACAAAAUGUCAAAGUAAUAAAAUGUAGUAAAUAUGAACAUACUUAUCCAGAGUAUUCCCCCCCCCUUAUUUUGAGAAGCAAAAUGCUUCAAAAAAAGAAGCGCACAUAUUUUCUGUAAUUAUUUUUACAUGUCUUGGUCACAUGCAGCUUGUGGCAUUUUAGUCCUAGCAAUAUUUGAAACUAUAGGUGAUAAAAUAUCACAUAGAUGUUUUCUAUUCAAUUGCUCAGUUUAUUAGUUUUAAAAUGUUUUUAAGUUGAUGUAGAAUCUCAUUUUUGGUAUUUAAAUGUUGUCUUUUUAUACCUUUGUGACGUCCUAGUGUAAUCAAUUUUAAGAAUUUUCGAAGAACUUGUAUUUUGUUGUUAAUGUGAAUGUUUUAGUUUUCCCACUGUGUGUAUUAUUUAGUUUAAUAACUUUUUUUUUUUCAAUUUUAAACAUAUCAAUGUGAUAUGUUAUUGCAUAGGAAUGCAGCUUAAUUUUGUUAAUAAUUUUAUGUAAAAUUUGUUUAACAAUUCUGUUUAAAUUCUCACUCUUGGGCUAUUUGAUAUUAUUAUUGUUAUUUAUUGUAAACAGCACAAGCUGUGUAUUAUGAAUGUAAAAAAGCAGCUGAUAACUAAAAAAUUUAGUGACACCUGGCAGUCCUUGUAUAUAUAUAUAUAAAUUUUGCUUACAUUUUAUGUACUAAAUCUUAGUCUAUUAAUAUUAACCAGACUUUUGUAGUCUCAUGUUAAGUUCUUUAAGUGGAAUAAAGAGGAAAAAUUAUAUUAAUUUAGAACGAAUUAUUUACAGUAUUAUUUUUAUGAUAUUUAACAUCUUUUUAUGCAGAAUAUGAAUUCUGUGUAUGCUAUUUAUAAUGCAAAUUUUUUUUUUGUUGUUUCAAAGGUAAUGUGAUCUGUAGUAUUUUGCAUUUUUUAUAAUUUUUAUUGAAUUAAAUUUACCUAAAAAAAACUACCUAGUAUAAAGUUUUUAUUUUUUAAACAUAAAAUUAUGCUGUGACCAAAGAAGUUUGAGUAUAUUAUUUAAUUAAAUGCAACUUCCAUUUGUAAUUUAAUUCUUGAUGAAAUAUACAUGUUAAUUUGCUUUGACCUAAAAAUUACAUUUCAUAUAUCUUGUUUAGGGACUGUAGGUUUGAAAAUAAGAAAUUUUUUUAAGUCUUUUGGUUUCUAAAUUUUUGAAAAUGAAACUUAUUUUCACAGUUGAUGUGUGUGUUAGAGAUUUAAAAUAUAUUUAAAUGAAAAGUUAAAUGUAUUUAAAUGUGUUUUCAAUUUAAAAAAUGUUUGGAUUUGAGUUUGCUGUUUUCAAAAAAUUCAUUUUCAUACAUUUUAAAAAUGAUCUUUUCUUCCGAAAUUGAAUCAUAUUGAUUGCUUAUGAAUUUUUUUAAGGAUUUCAGUUAAUAAGUUUGUCUUUAAGAAAUUCGAUGGCAAAUUUAAAUGCUGAAAUCCAUUUUAUGAUUCAAAAUAUGUAUAAAAUUACAUGCAUGUGUACAGAUGAGAAUGAUUUCAAUCAUAUUCUCUAUUGAAUAAUUCAAAAGUGCUAUAUUAAAUGGUAAUCGUACAUAAGUUUAAUAUUUCAACGUACAUAUUUGUUAUUUUUAGCUUCAUAAUUGCUUCACCACAUUGUGUAGUUGUUAAUGAGGAAUCAUAAAUGUAUUCGACUUAUUAUACUAAAUUAUAAAUGUAGUUGUUAAUGAGGAAUUAUAAAUUUAUUAUAAAUGUAUUUGACUAAUACUUCUAUAAAAUUCAGAAACUAUAUCUACUGAUGUUAUUUCUAAUGAUUAUUUCUUUUAUGUAUUUAUUUAUUUAUUUUUUUUUUUAAAUUUACUUUACUCUAAUUUCUUCAGAUUCCUUUAUAUAUGUGAUAUGUUGUUAUUUGUAAAAAUUUGUUGAAUGGUGUAUAUUCUAUUUUAAAGGUUAAAAUUUAUUCAUAUGUAAAAAUUAAAUGUAUAAAUUACAACUUAAGUUUCAACUUUUAUUUUUGCAUUAUUUCCCCUUAUUUUCAUACAGUAACUAAUAUAAGUAUCAGGGAUUUAUUUUGUGAUUUUUGCAGAUCUUUAUGCUAUAUUUUUGUGAUGGAGUUGAAAUAUGAAGAAUAAUUUCAUUCUGGCCAGAUUCAGUAGAUUAGUUUUGAAGUCAGAAUGCAAAUUUCUUCUUUUCUUUUUCUUGGAUAGAGCUUUUUUGUUUAAUAAAUUGAUAAUAAAUUAUUGCUGAAUUGCAGAUUAGUAUACAUUUAUCUUCCAUUUAUUUACAAAUUUAUUAAUGUCAUCAUCAAAAAAUUGUAAACAAAUUCAAAAAUACUUUUAUGUAGUCUUAAGAUUUAGUCACCAGUUGUGUGAAAGAAACAGAAUGUUUCAAAACUAGCAUAGCUUUUUAAAGCUUCAUUUUAGAUAUCUGCAUAAACAAAUGAAAUUCCAUUCUUCUGUUAAUUUAAGAAAAGGAAGUUUAAUGUAAGAAUCUUACUGAAUUUGAAUGAAAAAAUAUUUAUAUGUGCGGGUUUCUUUACACUGUCAUAUUUAAAAAACAUGGAAUUAUUUUCUCUUUCUACCAUUAUUGUGUUAUAAAAUCAUCUCAUAUCAUCCAUAAAAUAGGCAUGUUGUGCAAAGAUCAUGUUGUAUAAUGAUGUAAAUAAUUUUACUUCAAAUUUUCAUGUUUUCGUAUAUAGAAGUAGUUCUUUAGGGUUAAUAGAAGUUCUGUGCUUUCAAAUGCAACAUAAAAUAUCUUUGGGAGUUUAAAAAAGUUUUAGAUUGCAUUUAUUGUAAAUUCCAUAGAGAAUUUCUGAUGAUUUUUAAAUGAUGUGGAGCAAAAUAGGAGUAUUUUUUCCAUUAUUCUUGGCCAUAGUUUUAGUUCCAGGAAACUGAAAUUUCAAUCACUGAAAUAUAUUUUUCAAGCAUAUUUGAUAUUACCAUAUCCAGAAAAUAAUUCGUACUUUACUGGCUGUUUCUGUGUGUAUUUCCAAGUUAAACAAUAAAUUAAAAAUAUUACUUAUAUGAUUUUUUGAAAAGUUUAAAUAUUACUUAUAUAAUAAAUAUUAUAUAAUUUUUUGAGUGUUCAGAUGGUUUCUGGAUUUUUUAAUAAUUUCAUUACUGUAUUUUAAACUUUUGGGUAGGAUCCUUUGGCUUUGAAGCUUUGCUUUCCCUAUAUGCAUGAACAUAAAAUUAUUGGAGACAGCAUUCUUCAUUGCUUACAGCAUAACUUGUUGAAAUGACAGAAACAUAUUAUCCAGCAUUUUCGGGGAAAAUAUUGUCAAAGGCUAUGUUUACUGUUUCUGUGGCAUCUCUUCUGCUUCACCUUGGCAGUGAUUUUCAGAAGCAUGUUUCUAAAUUCUUGAUAUGAUCAUUCUAUUGCACUUAAAUUGUUUUGCACCUUUCUGUAACUUUUCAUUGUAAUUUCAUCGUAAUUGCACCUUUCUGUAACUUUUCAUUUUCUUUUGAUGCGUCUAAAACUGGACAAUCGCAACUCGAUCUUUAGCUUAAUUUUUUUUUCUUCAUCUUACAGUGAGUUGAUAUACAACUGAAAUAAAAUAAUUGAUUUUUAUCAGCAGAUAAAAUUAGGAAAAUAGGUAUAAUUCGUAAUAAUUAUGUUAACCUAAAAAUUAAAAGAUGUCUCAAAACAAAUGACUGAUGUUGUGAAACAUUGAUUGUGAUUAAAGACUUUGAAGUUUUGCACUACAGUGUAAUUUACAGCUGCAUUCGCUAAUAAUUCCCAUUUAAAUAUUCACUUGCUACUAUUAUUUAUGGGGCAGAGGAAGUAUUAUUCUACACAUUCUGGGAAGCAUACAAAAAUGAAAUAAUUUUUGGUAAAGAAACACUUAUUAUAUUAGGUAUUGUUAGGAAAUUGGAAUUACAAAUUAAUUGGGAGAUAAUUUAUAUCAGUUUGUAAAGAUUUUGUAUAAUAUUUGAGUGACAAUAUUUUGUUUCAAAAUCAUGUUCAUAAACUUUUAUAAAAUAUUAUUUUGCAUUACUAAAGCAUAGAUGUUUUUAUAAGUGGCUUUGUUUUAUUCCUUUUUGUAAACAAUUUUAAUUACCUUCUUAGUAUAAUUAAAUCCAAUUAUCCAUGAAAUUUUCAUAUUUCUUGAUAUUUAUUUAGAUAUAGUCAUAAAAAAACUUUAUGAAUGUAUUUCUGUUCUGAUCAAAGUAAUUCAAGUCUUGGUUGCCUAGCUUUUUAUUUCUGCAUCCAAACUUUGCAAAGAUUGGGCGAAAAUUUUUAUAGAGUUUUAAAUAUGAAGUAUGAUAAGAAUUACUGUAUUCUGCUUGCAGUAGUAUUAAUUUAUUUUAGGCUCUUUUAUUUUGAUAAUUUAAAAAAAAGAAAAAGAAAGCUGAAUAAACUUUAAAUGUUUUGGAGCUUAUUUAUUAAAAAUAAGGUAUUUCAAUUCCUUUCAAUUUGUUGACUUGUAUAUUGUUUUCUGUGUAUGUAAACUGUGAUAUGAAAACACAUUUGUUGUCUUUCUUCUUAUGUCUGCUAUAUAAUAAUGUUGUUUUUCUUUUUUUAUGUCUGAUAUAUAAUAAUGUUGUUAAUGUUGUCUUUCUUCUUAUGUCUGCUAUAUAAUAAUGUUGUUAAUUUUAUAAGGUAAGAUAGGGAGUUCUUUUGCAAUCUUUUCUUGAUGGUGUAAAAGCUUUUGCAUAAAUUAGUAUCGUUCUGAAAAUCCAAAUAAAACUGCCAUGAAGAGAAAAUUAUAGCUAUAUGAAAUUGCACUGCUAGAAAUUAAGAUUUUGACUAGAACAAAACUUGGGAAUUUUUGGUGUGAAGUAAAAAUUUUAGUGUAGAUAAUUUGGAUUAAAUAUGGAAAAUCUUAUAAUAACGUGUUAGCCAAAGUUGAACUCUUUUUAUCCAUACUAAAGUGGCAAAAGUAUUUCAAAUUAUUUUUGAGGGAAAGGAAAAAUGAUGGGAACUAUUUUGAGCAGCGAAAGAUAGAAAUUAAUACAUACAAUGUUAAGCAAAAGAAUUUAAAAUAAAAUAUAUCUUCUUUCAAUCUUUUUUUCUUAAAAGAUUUUGAGUAACUUUGUCAUAUUUCAUAUUUAAAGAGUAGUGUACUAACUGCCAUCACUUUGUUCAAUGAAAUGUAUAAUAAUUUGAUGUAAAACAGUUGUUAAUCUGUUAUUGUAUCUACAAAACUGUAGUAUAGUAUAUUCUGUUUAAAUCGUAUUGCAUUUAAAUUAAAUUUAUUAUAGAAAUGUUCAUUAAAUAUGCUGUUAUUUUGUUGAUUCAAAGCUUCAAAUUUUUAUUUGAAGGUUUAAGUUUCAUGUUUGUCAUACAAAGGAAGUCUUUUGUAAAUAUUUCUAAUUUGAUAUUCUUCCCUGAUAAAGUAAAUAAAGAGCUUCGUAGUUAACGGUGUUUUGUAAUGUACAGGGUUAUGUAGUAGUUUUUGGCAGUAAUAUAAUUAUUUGUGAUUGUUAAUAAACCAAAAAAUGAUAACUUUGCUUUUCAAGGUGAUAUAAUUUAUUGAAUAUGAAUAGCAAAAAUAUAUAUAUAUUUUUUUAUUUUGCAUUAUAGUUCACUGCUGUGUUUAGUAAAUUUUGAACUUUAAUACACAGUUUGAUAAUUGCUAAGGAACAAAGAUGUUUUUCAGAAUAAUUAAUAUUGGCCAUUAAUUAAAGAAAUGAAACUUAGUAAAGCUCCUUUUUUUUUUUAAAAUACAAAAUAUUACAAAUUUCAUCCAUUGAAAAAUGAGAUAAAAGAAAUACUUGGAGUAAUUUCAGAUAGUUUUGGAAAGCACUCCAUCCCACCAGAAUGAUGACAAAUAUGUAAGGCACUAAUGCAUAUUUUGCAUGAAACUGUGGCAAAGAAUAUGGGAAUACUAUAAAGAGAAUAUGAACUCCUGCAUGGUUUGAGGAGGGUGAUUUCUUUGUGCUCUGUGGUAUUUAAGUGUGGUGAAUAAUGCAGGAUGUUCCAUGCAUAUAGUAUCUUGCUUUUUCAGAAUUCUUCAGUUCUCCUGUCUGGUAUAUAUUGUUAUUCAUGAGCAGAAGAUCUGACCAGCAUUUCACAGAAAAGGCAAACAUUUGCUUAGGAGAAUUUUGGUGCAAUAUCCCGGGGUUUUAACAGAACAUACAUCAGAUGAACUGGAGCUAUUCCAAUGUGCACAAUGUCUGCAUGCACAGAAACUUUUAUGACUGAAACAAUCAGCUUCAUGAAUAAUUAAUUAUAGUAACGAAUUCUUUUUUUUUUUUUUUUUUUCUUCACACUAGCUGGUUCAGUUUCAGUGUUGAUGGUGAAUUGGGAGCCACCUGAAAACAUCCCCCUUGACCACUGUGUUUGAGCCUAGUGAAUAUGUUCAUUACUGUUAUCAGUAUGCAUAUAACAUGUUUCUCUUUACACAUGCUAACAUGACUUAAUUGAGAAACAGUUGUGGUAGAUAUGCACAUACCAGUAGCAGUUGUAAGGUCAGCAACCAUCUGGCUAAGAGUAAGAUUUUUCUUUUCUCCAGAAAGUGAUCAUAUCUGUCUUCCUGAGAUGUGGCACACCUUCCAUGGCCACCAGGAUGUUCUUGCAGAGCAGUUCCACUUUCAACAGCAUUUUUAAACCUUAUCAUAAUACUUUUUUUUAUCAUACCUGUUGCCAUGGCAAGUUGAGUGACACUUUGCCAUCUCUGAAGCUGACUAGCUGCUUAUGUGAUAUUAUAAACACUCAGAUGUCAUCUUAAUAAUCAUUCUGCAAUCGAUAUUUGCUAUGAAAAAUGAAAAAAAUCUACAACACCCUCUUCAAAAACUUAGAAUGUAGUUGUCCUGUCAAUCUUCACUACUUGAAAUUUGGAUAAGUGUUCAUGUGCACUGCCUUUUAUGCAGAUAAGAGGUUUUGCCAUAUAUACUUACAUUUCAACUACUGUAUGGUGAUCGAGAAUAUGUUUUGCAUAAAUGAUUUGUUCCUUAGUAUUUGUCAAGCAGUGUAAAAGUUAUGUUUUAUGUACCUUAUUACACUUUUUUCAUGAAAGGUUAGUGUAAUUCUUCUUAUUAUUUAAUUACUGUGGGUGCAUUUUAUAAAUGUACUAAUGUUAUAUAGAUAAUGAUUUUAAAUUCAGAGAUAAGAAGAUUGAAUUUUAAAUCAUCUUUGAAAGGUUCAUCUCUCCCUAGGAGCGUAAUAAAAGUAUUUCUGUUUUAAAAAUAUAAAAAUCCAGUGUGAGUAAUAUGAAGAAGAUUUUUAUUUAUUUGUAUAUUUUUCCUAUUUCAAAAUAGGUGUAUUUUAAAAAUUCAAAAUGAAAUGCUUUUUUUUUUUUUUUUUUUUUUUUUUUUUUUUUUUGUUGUUUGUAAUGUGGAUAUAGUACUAAAAAAACAUUUUCUGUUCUAAACAAAGUUGCUUAAACACAGCAAAACAUGUAUUUCUAUUAUUAUGCAAGAAACCAUCUGUGUGUUUCUUAUUAUAACAUGCCUUGAGUCUUUUAAUGUAUACAUAUGUGUAUGUGAUAUAAAAAUUGCAAUCUAGUAUCACUAAUUUUUAAUUAUUAAUUUCGGAUCUCAAAUAUUUAUAGUAAAUAAUACUGAAGCAGUUAUGAGAUAAUUUUAUAAAAUUUUGAGCAAUUAAUAGUUAAAGUACAUGCAGUUAUAUAAUUAUUCAACAAUUUUCACACUGCACCAAGAUUGAGAUUGUACUUAACAUAAUUAAUAUAAGUGACUUUUAUAUUUUUUGCCUUUUUUUACAUAUAUGAGUGACUUUUCACAGUUAGAGUCAGUUUUCAAGAUAUUUUGCCCUCCUUCAUAAUUUAAAAUGUACCAAUCAUUAAUUUAAUAACUUAGUUUAUUAUUUCUAUUUUUAUCUAUUUAUAUUAUCCUGAUGCCUUUUUGUUAUGAAGGGAAUAAAUGUCUGUAGAAAAAUACCUCUUUAUAAAAAACAUGUGUGAUCUGAAUUAUGUUAAAAAUAGUCUAUAAUAGAGUUUAUUUGUAAUAAUUUAUUUAAUUUUUUUUCAUAUUUUGUAUUAUGAUCUGAAAUUUGGUGUUCUUAACAGCUUAUUGAAAGUUAUGUGUCACAGCUGCGUAUAAUUUUACCUGGUGUCAUAUUGUUAAUUUAUAAACCUAACAGUUAUUAUUACGUGUGAAGAUGCUUUGCAUAUUGCCAAAAAUUUGUUAGAAAAACAGUAUUACACACUUGCCGAAUAUUGCUUAAUAAAUAAAAACAUUUUUGAAAUAAAUAGAAUGUUUCUACUCUU